AUGAAUACAACUAAUCCUGAUCCUGCUUUAAAUUUUAAAAAAUUACUUAAAGAGGAAUUAAGGGUUAGAGAUAAUUCAGAAAAUUUUCACUCAGAAUCUUCGGAGCGUUUAUUUUCGGGGAUUCCUACACCUCCAACAAAAUGGCUAAAAAAAGAUAAAAACGACCUUUAUUCUGUCAAUGAAUUAGAAUUAGAAAAUUCCGAUGCCAUAAAAACACUUGUACAGGAAUUCUUUAAAGCAGCACUGGCAAUUGGCAGCACGGUACCUCCACCACCAUCCUGGAAAAAAGUUUCAUUGAUACUUUCAUUGUUUGCAAAAAUGAUCACUGAUUCACCAGCAACUUUUGGAUUAACUUUAGCUCUUGGUGGUGACAUCUCAGAUACUUCAUCAAUUCUCAAAAAUGCACCUCAAAUAACAAUUUCAACAAUCUUUGAUUAUGUUAAAGAUUAUAUUGAUAUAUCCUGUCAUGAAAUAUGGUUAGGGAUAACCUCAUUUAUGCUUAUUUUUCUAAAAGAUUACCCUCAAACAAUAAUUGACCUUCAACCAUAUUCAGCAACUGAUAUUAUAAAGAAAAUUUUACAUCAAAUUGACGAAUUGCCUGUGUCACUUAACAAAAUACAAUUUGAGUGUGUCAAUAAAGGAAAAUUGCUUAUCGAUGCUCUUUUGAUUGGUAAAGGUUGUGGUGGCGUGGGAUAUACUUCACAUUACCAAGUAAUUGAACAGUUACAAGAAAUUUAUAACAUUCCCGUGAGAAGUUGUUUUCUACAAGUUCAUUGGACCUUGGAAGAAUUUGUUUUUAAUGAUUUGUCAAAUCGUCGAAGACGUCUUGCAUUUUUAAUGAUGCCACCAGAAGGCCGUGCAGCAAGUCAUACUUCUAGAUUUCGUGAUUUAUUAUUUCAGAGAGCUCCAAUUGAUGAAAUUAAAGCAAUGAUUAAAAAAAUUAAUCGUUCAGAACCUAUUCGUAAAGCACUUUUUAGUAAAGUUCAUGAUGUAAUUAUUUCCAUACAAAAACGAUCCAACUUUGACGAACCAAGACAGGAUAUUUCCAAAGAAGGAAUGCUUUUUCCUGAUAAUUUGGAUUUUUUUGAAUUAAUGAUUGAACUUGGUGAUCAGUUAUAUGGUUUAGUUGCUUCUGAUGAUAUCAAAUAUGAAGAAGUUGUAACCAAGUUUUAUUAUAUGGUUUAUCCAAAAUAUGGCGAACAUUCUUCGGAUCACCUUAACACCGUACCAAAAGACAAUAUCUUAAUUUGGUUACUUUUACAACUUUUUCAAAUUGAACGAAUUGGAUCAGGAAUUAUUCCACGCGAUUUAGGAUCUGAUGAAAGGUUAUUUAGCAUGCUUGUAAAAUUAUAUAAUGAACAACAAGCUGUAUCAAAAGAUGCAUUCUAUUUAAGAGAUUUAUCUUUACAGUGUGCAAUGCUUCAUCAGCAUUCUAAUAUACGUGGAAGUAAUCUUAAAGCGCGUCAUCCUCAACUUUUACCCGCUUUAUCAUAUUUGAAUUCCAUAAAAGAGUUACAAUCUUAUUUUCCUAACAAAUAUAAAAAUAAAUUGGUGGAAACAGGAAAACUUGGUUUUCCUGAAACAACUUUCUUAAAAGGUGGUGCUGCUGGAUAUAAACUUUUAGAUCUUAUAACUAUUAAUCACAAACAUAGAUUAUCACAACUUAUUUAUAAAAUGUUGCUUUUUGACGCAGAAACUACACCUAAAGUUCCCCCUGAAGUAAAGGAACAAAAUUCUAAUAAAUUUCUUUGUGUAUCACCACAUGCUCUUGAUGUUGUUUAUAAAAUUGUAUAUAGUGCACCUUGGUC